AUGGAAAAUUGCCCGAGGACCCAAAGGAAUCGAGGGCCCCUGCGAACCAAAGUAGCCAGAUUCUCUCUCGAUGAAAAUAAGACUUUAUAUAGAAGAACUUUUGAUGGCCCUCUAGCCGUAUGUCUGGGGCCGGGGGAUACAGAUUAUGUACUCCGAGAAAUUCAUGCGGGCAUCUGCGGAAAUAAUUCUGGUGUUGGUGCUGAUGCCUUGGUCCAAAAGGUAAUCAGAGCAGGCUACUAUUGGGACAGCAUGGAAAAGGACACCAAAGAAUUCGUCCGAAAGUGUGACAAAUGCCAGAGAUUUGCCCCGAUAAUUCACCAAUCUGGUGAACGACUGCACUCGGUCAUAUUGUCAUUGCCGUUCAUGAAGUUGGGGAUGGACAUCAUCGGACCCCUGCCAAUGACACCAGGUAAGAUAACGUGUGACAACGGCAAACAAUUCAUCGGGAGCAAGGCAACACAAUUCCUCGAGGAUCACAAAAUCAAGCGGAUCUUAUCAACGCCCUACCACGCGUGUGCGAUCGGCCAGGCCGAGUCCACAAACAAAACCAUCAUCCAAAGCAUAAAAAAGAAACUGGAAAGCACCAAGGGAAAGUGGAGAGAAAUAUUGCCAGAGGUGCUGUGGGCAUGCCGAACAACUUCAAAAUCGAGCACAGGGGAAACACCUGUCUCUCUAGUAUACGACACCGAGGAUUUGAUAACAGUAGAGGUCGGGGCGCCACGCACCAGAGUCCAACACGCCACUGAGAGCUCGAACGACGAGGCCAUGACAACGACCCUCAAAAUGCUGGAUGAAAGGUGGGAAGCCUCGCUGGUCCGAAUGGCUGCCCAAAAGCAAAGGAUCGAAAGAUAUUAUAACAGGAGAACAAACUUCCGAUAUUUUGGAAUUAGGGACUUGGUUCUAAGGAAAGUCACCCUUAACACCGAGAGCCAUAGUGAAGGAAAGCUGGGCCAAAAUUGGGAAAGACCGUACCGCGUCCUCGGAGUAGUCGGCAAAGGGUCUUACAAGCUCGGCACCAUGGAGGGCGAACAACUUCCAAGCAACUGGAACAUAUCGAUGAAAAAAUGA